AUGUAUUUCACCACCAUUUCCCUCGCCUCCCUCGCAGCCUUGACCCCAAUGGUCAGCGCCCUAGGCAGCGCAGUUGUCCACAACAAGUGCGAUUUCCCAGUCUACCUAUGGUCCGUGGACAGUUCAAUCAGCGACACAAUGACCCUCGUCGCCAGCGAAGGUGGGUACUCCGAAGUAUACCGCAGCGAUGACACGACCGGCGGGAUUGCCCUGAAAAUGACACUGGAAGAAGACGGCCUGACCACCAGCAAGCCCCAGACCAUCUUCUCCUACGCACUCAACGACGAUGAGAGUAAGAUCUUCUACGACCUCUCCGAUGUAUUCGGCGAUCCCUUUACCGGCCACACCCUCUCCGUCACCCCGUCCGAGGACUCUUGCGAGGGUAUCUGCUGGAAUGGGGGUAUCUCGGCCAGCUAUGUGAGCAACACGGAGGCUUGUACCCAGGAUGCUGAUGUCACCCUCACCCUGUGCGCCGAUUCGUGUUAG